UUGACGUGUGAAUUCGCUUGGUGAUGUUGUAGUGCCGUGAACUUUAUAAACGCCUUGCUUGGAAUGUUUACCCUUUACGAGCAAUGGAACCUGAGACCACAGAAUACACCAGACAACCUUGUGUUGUUGUAAGGCUAAGGCCUAAAAUAGCAAAUGAAGCUGUGUUAUGGCUCGUCAAGAGAAUUCAAGAUAAUAAAGUGGACAACGGGUGCCAGUUGGACGUUGACGUAACUGAAUUAAAUGGAGCCAAAGUUUUAUACAUAAGUGCAUCUAAGUACCGACUAUUACAUGGUGCAGAAGCAAUUGGAUUGAAGAAAGAAUAUAAAGAUGGAACCCUGAGGGAGUUUUGCUUCACUGACCGUGCUAAUUUUAAGCAUCAAAAAGAUGAUGACUUCCUCUCCGAGAGUGAACAACAUCAAAUUGUUAAAGUUGAACUUGAUGGACUAAGAGCUAUAGACGAGAAACAUAUUCCUUCGUAUGAAAAUAUUAAACUAUAUCCGGGAAAAUCUAUAUUUCGUCGUAUGGUCAGCAACCAUUUGGUAACGGAUAACUUCCCAUUACAUGACAGACCUACUCUGCAUAAGUUGCGAUGGUUGUGGUAUAAAACACUUGAUUUAAAUUUGCAGCAACCUCUGGACCAUGUUCGUAGCUACUUUGGUGACUCCAUCAGCAUCUACUUUGCCUUUCUUAAUUUCUACACCCUUGCCCUUGUACCCUUAGUGGUGUUGGGGCUUUUACACUGGGGGUUGGGGCUCCGUAGUGACAUCGGAGGCAGGGUGGAUGACAACUGGGUUCUGUCAGUGAUUCAUGUCUUGUGGGCCGCAGCGUUUUUAGAGAUGUGGAAAAGAAAGUCAACUGAGUAUUCUUAUAAAUGGGGAACGCUAGGUGCAAAGGUUUGGGAGGAGCCCAGGACAGGGUACCGUGGUCCUUUGGGUUUAAAUGAGGUAACGCAGAGGCAAGAACCGACCUAUCCUUCAUGGAAACGAAACAUUCGUGUUUAUCUCAUUACAUGUCCAGUAGUGUUGCUUUGUGUGGCACUUGCAGUUUGCUUGAUGUUUUAUUAUUUCAGUUGGGAGAUAUACUUAACAAGUAUGUAUCGUCAUGAACCUGGCAUCAUCAGCUCACUUAUAAAGAACGCACCAAGUAUCGUUUAUUCUAUUCUUGUUUUGAUGGGAAACUCACUGUAUAGAAAAUUAGCUGAAUUUCUGACUGACCAAGAAAACCAUCGACUUGAGUCAACUUAUCAAAAUCAUCUGAUUACCAAGAUACUGGUGUUUGAUUUCUCCAACAACUUUCUCGCUUUGUUCUACAUUGCGUUUAUUUACGAUGAUAUGCCAAUGCUAAGACAGACUCUUCGUAAUUUAUUCUUGGUUCAUAUGAUCGUAUCACAAGCAAUAGAGUCACUACUCCCAUAUUGGCAAUUCAAAUAUCGAUCUUCUGUAUAUCGGUCAACACUGAAUCGUGGCAACACUGGCCCAACCACUUCAGAUGCAGUAGAUAAAGCUGAAUUGAACAGACAUGACCAGACUUGCCUUGAACUACAAAGAGAUACAUAUGAGGGAACAUUUGAUGAUUACCUUGAGUUAUGGCUUCAGUUUGGUUAUGUGGUGUUGUUCUCUUGUGUCUAUCCUCCCGCUGCUAUAUUUGCUCUUAUAAACAACAUAAUUGAAAUGAAAUCGGAUGCUUUCAAAAUCUGCAAUGUUUACAGAAGACCCUUUGUUUACCAAACAACUGGAAUUGGAACAUGGAAGGUUGCCUUUCAAGCCUUAUCAUACUUAGCUGUGGUUUCAAACCUUGCACUUGUUUUCCACACACCAAGGUUUAUUGAAUGGAUUUACAAGAUUUUUCCUGAUGCUACAACAUUAAGUAUAUUCACUGCAUUUGUUGUGCUUGAGCAUUUACUUCUUGGCAUACGUUGGUUAAUUUCAUACACAGUACCAGCCAUGCCUCUCUGGGUCAAAAUUGAAACAAGAAAGAUGCAACAUUACUCACUGCAAGCUCUUAAGAGACAGCGAUCAAGAAUGCUUCUUCCAGCACAAAUUGUUCAAAAGAACCUGGAAGUUCUGGCGGCCAUCAGUAAACCGUCUACUAUCAAAGAAGAGCAUGAACUUUUGGUUACGGAUUAACUUGUUUUUCCUCUGUUCCUUUUCAAAUAGAAGUUUUUGCUUCUUAAGUUUAAAGUUUCAGAAUCCUUAUGCAUGCGUUUUGUUAAAUACGGAGAUUUUAUUUUUUUGAUAGUUUUGGUUUAUGAGUAUGUUUUAAGUUGCACUUUGUUCCAUCAGUUAAAGCAAAAUACUGCUUCAUUUUGUAGUAUGUAGGAUAUUCUUGCCCGUUUGACGAUGCAAUGUUUAGUGAAAAAAGACGUUAAUAUUAUUUUGUAAUAUGUCGGCCAGCUAGCAAUAUAUAGUUGUAUUAGUCAUAUUUAUAUAUUUGCGCUUAAAACUGCAAUUGUUGAUUUAAAGUGUUUAUUAUAAAGCCAAAAUGUACAAUUACAAUUAAAAGA